AUGUCUGGAUCCGGGCCCGGAUCCAACUCCAAUAACUGGCAGCCAUACGGCACCAUCAAUUACCCCGGCGGUAUAUACCGCGGCGGCCAGUACACCAGUAGCGGCGAAGCUGCCUCCGAAAAGUUCACCAGCGCCCCUACCGGCCAGUCGGGCAUUUAUGGUAACACGGGGCAGUCGACUCGUGAUACGACUGGGCAGGGCAGCACGUACCAAACAUCUACGCUCCAUUCUGACCGGAAGGACAAAGAUACCUGGCGCACCACGAGCAGGUAG